UAAUAAAACGAUUUUGCGUUUCGUUUCUGCUUUUCAUUUUCUUUCAAGAAGCGUAAAUGGCGAACAAUGGACCUAACUGGGACGGAUUGCUUAAUUGGAGCCUCUCCCAUUCCGAUGGAUCUUCCUCUUCUCGCCCCAUAAGUGAGCAAGAUCGACAAUGGUUUAUGGAAGCUAUGCAAGCACAUACAAUCGAUUCAAUCUCUCGUAUGAAAGUUAUAUCUCAAAUCAUGAAAACGCCUGAACAAGUCUUGGAGGCUCAAGGCGUUACGCCUGAUGAUCUUGAAGGAAUGUUGGAUGAGCUGCAGGAACACGUUGAGUCGAUCGAUUUGGCCAAUGGUUUAAUUUCACAUAAUUUGUUUUUUUGGUUUUUGCUAUGUUUUGUGAAUGGUAAAUUUUUUUACGUUUCAGAUCUUCACUCCAUUGGAGGUUUGGUCCCUCUCCUUAGUUAUCUCAAGAACUCUAAUGCUAAGAUUCGAGCAAAGUCGGCCGAUGUUUUGACCACUGUUGUCCAAAACAAUCCAAGAAGCCAGCAACUUGUUAUGGAAGCAAAUGGGUUAGAGCCAUUAUUAACAAACUUUGUUGCUGAUCCCGACAUAAGAGUUCGAACCAAGGCGCUCGGUGCUAUAUCUUCUCUUAUCCGUAACAACCAACCCGGGAUUACAGCAUUCCGCCUGGCAAAUGGUUACGCUGGCUUGCGAGACGCUUUGGUUUCUGAUACCGUUAGAUUCCAAAGAAAAGCCUUGAACUUGAUCCACUAUCUUCUUCAAGAAAGCAACUCAGACUGUAAAAUCGCUAGAGAUCUUGUAUUCCCUCGCAUUAUGAUCCACCUAGCAUCCAACGAAGACUUAGAAGUCCGGGAAUUUGCCCUUCGUGGUCUCCUAGAGCUUGCCCGUGAAGUAUCUGAGAGAAACCUUGACAGAGCGGAUGUGAAUCUAAGACAGCUUCUUGAGGAGAGAACAAGAAGAAUCAUUGUGAUGUCGGACGAAGAUCUUUGUGCAGCUAGAGAAGAAAGACAGCUAGUGGAUAGCCUUUGGACCAUAUGUUAUGAUGAACCGUCCCAUCUAAGAGAGAGAGGGCUGGUAUACCUCCCGUCUGAUGAUGAGCUGGCUCCUGAUGUGGUUAGGGACCGCUUUGAACCUCCUCUUAGGACUUGGGCUGCAAGAAGACAUGAUGAGACGAGUGAACAACCGGUUCCACUUCUUCUUGGUCCUGCACCGUGAUCUCGUUGCUAUGGCAUAUAAAAAGAACCAAUCUAUUGGAUUUUGCAUAUAUCAACAAUACAUCAUCGGUUUAGAAAUUUGAGUAACAAGCACAUAGACAUUCUAAGGUCUACGUCAUGCCAAUAUUAUAAUGUUCCGUUAUUGUGUAAGUCAUGAAUCAGACUUGUGGGAUUGUCCUUGAAAGUGACUCAAAUAUCGCAAUCAUAAUCUUAUAACAAAAACUCAAUUUAUA